CCCUUUAGUCAGUAACUAAACGUGAAGCAGUGCGAACGCGCGCAGCGGCACAAUUCCAGCGUUCUUGGCUUUCAUCCGGCGUUCUUCCCCCAUCAAUCACUUAAGAAACCCGCCCAAUGAUACCGAUACCUAGUGCUAAACACAAUUUUGAAUCGGUUUUCGAGUGCUUACACAACCAAGAAACCAACAUAUAAACCAAUUUACCCAUGUGAACAUGUGCAAUUAGCUUGCAAGAAACAACGAAGUUCUAGAAAUCAAAACAAAUACGAUAAACUUGCUAAACUCUCGCUUUUGGGAUUAUCAACAAACACACGAGUGAACUUUUCGCAAGGACUUGUGAAAAGGAUAACGAACGCACACAAACAGACAAUCAAAAUGGUCAACAAACAGUAUUCGGCCACCGAUCUGGAGGCUUUCAUGAAGAUCGCCGCCAACUGGCAAAAUUCCAAUCACAACUUGCUGGAGGGCGUCGACAUAAAGACGGAAAUGACACAGUACAUGAACAGUCCAUCCAUGAACAUGUACAAGAAGAGGGAGCGCACCCAGAACUGGAACCACCAGGAGAAGAAAUACCUACUCGAUCUGUGCCGCAAGGACAUGCGCAUCAUUGAGAACAAGAGGUUGGAUGCCGGUCUGACCGCCGUGAAGAACAAGGCAUGGAAGAUCAUCCACCAGAAGUUCUCCAAUCAGUUUGGCACCGAUCGCACCUGCAAUCGCCUGAAGGAACAGUGGCGUCGCAUGAAGGCAUGCACUCGCAACGAGAUCCUGGACUACAACAAUCGCCUGGCCAGGUUUGGAGCAGAGGUGGCCGAUCGCAAGAAGCCAUCUCCCUUCACCUUCGAGGUGUGGGAUUUCAUGCAGGAGGCGAAGAAGGCUUGCAAAUCGGAGGCCCUGGAUGGCAUUGACUACUCCAAGAUUCCCCUGGCCUUGGAGGAGGGUUUUGAGUAUCGCGAGGACUACAAAUUCAACCCCGAAGACCACGACAUGGAUGACAGCCGCACACCGCCCCAGGAACUGUGCGAUGUGGACAUCAAGGAGGAGGAGAACAACGAGACCUUCAACGAGACCUUCAACCAUCACCACCUCAACCAGAGCGACAUCCAUGGCACCGGCGAGCGCCUCAGUGUGUCGCCCAAUCACAGCAUCAAUCGCAACGGGAUCCACGAGGCCGAGAGUCCCGCCAACAUGUCCGCAGCUAAUGUCCUGGACUCGAGCGGUGCCUAUAUGGCCGGAGGAGGUGACAUGUCCGGCUUCCAGGCCAACUUCAACAUGAACAACAUAUCCGCCACGCUGGAGGCCCUGAAUGCCCUCCGUUCUGGCCAAUUUCCCAGUGCAGCAGCAGCGGCAGCGGCCGCCAUUCACCAGCACCAGGCACAGGCCCAGGUAGCCAUGCAUCACCAGCAGAAUAACAACAACAACAACGAGGACGACGAGGACAGCAUGAAGCCGCAGUCUAAGAGACAGCGCACCAGCAGUGGUAGUAUGCUGGGCAGCGAGGACCAGCCAUCAGUCCUGGCCCCUUCAGUGCCAGCAUCCUCGGACUGUCAGGCCCUGGAGCGGUCCGGCAGCAGCAAUGGAUUGACCAUGCCGGGAACGGCAGUCAGCACCAAUGCCAACAGCAGCAGCAGCAACAACUUUGAGCUGCGCAUGUUCAUGGAGAUGCAGAGCAAGGAGCACAUGAUGCGCAUGAAGAUCCUGGAGGUGCAGUUGCAGGCGGCCAAGCACAGUCGCGACCUGGUGGAGAUCAACAAGACACUGGCGCUGCAGAAGCUGCAGUUGGAGCUGGCCAGCAAGCGACUGCCCAGUUAGGAGGCAGUGCAGCAGCAAAAGGAGCAGCAGCAGCAGCAGCCCAUCGCCGUUUCAUGUUACAUUAGUUUAUAGAAAUAAAGCCUGUCACCUCGGUCACGUUCGCAGGCAGAGAGCGUGACUGGGAAUCGACUAGAGUUAGCCCUA